ACAGACAGUGCACCAGCUCCUCUUUUCUCUCCACCAGCUUCACAUCAGCUGAGCGGCCUGCUGCAACUGCAAGAUACAUCCGCGGGAUCCAUCCGCUCGCUGGGGAACUACUUACUUAUGAUUUUUUUUGGGUGUCAUCUUGAUGAUUACUGCGUCCAAAAUGGCGUCCCUGCUUGGCGAGCAAUUGUUUAAAAUCAAUGGUCAAGGUCCACCCCCCUCGAAGGAUUUCUUUCAACUGGUGAUCACUAGAAAUCAGGUGGUAUGGACAUCAUGGAAGAUUUCUUUGCGGCUUGGAAAUAGAGGCGCUCCACCUGAACAGCUGAAGAUAACUCAUGAAGAUUUCCAACAUGAUAAAAAGCUACGGCAUGAUGUCAGAACUGUUUUUGGGGAGCAUAUCCUGGACUACACACAAUCCCUUUGUGAGGGAAAGUUCGAUUAUCUGGAGCGCUUACCUGAUGACAUAUUACUGAGAAUCCAAUGCCAUCUUGAGCUGAAAGAUAUGACACACUUGGCACAGGUGUCGCACAGAUUUAGAAAGCUCUGCAACUCUGACAAAUUUUGGGAGCAGCAUGUGAGGAAUUUCUGUGCUGGAUUUACGAGUGACAUGGAGGGCUUAGCCAAGGCCAUGGGUUGGAGGAAGACUUUUUUCACCUUCUUUCACAAAACUGUACGACAGCAGAGGGAGCCACAUGGCAGUGAAAACCUCAAUCAGAAGAAGGGAGGAGGAGGAUCUUGUGAAUAA